AUGAAACUCAUAGCUUCCGAAGCGAUUCUUUUGUUGAUAGUCGAUAUCAGACAAUGCGUGAAGUCGCAAAAACGAAUUCUGAACGUGAACGUGCGUGAGACAGUCCAGUCUCAAUUGCAGAUGUUCGAAAAUUAUUCCAGCGAAAUUCUGACGGCUUUGAAAAAUUGGAUACUGUAUGUUGGAAAUUCCUACAAAAAGACCAAAAUCAAUUUGCUGUCGUGUUUCUUGACCUUUUUACACUUCUGCAUCGACGAAGACGAACCGGAAAUCAAUUAUUGGCUGGAAGAUUUACGUAUGGAAAGUGGUGACGCCGAGUCCAAAUUAUCAAAUUCGGUUCUAGUUUUUAGGUCGAAAUUGCUGAACGGCGAUUUCAGUGAUCCGUUGCUGAAGACUUUCAGCGAAGACGCUGCUCCCGCCGAUGGACUGCAGCUGUUGAUAGAUGCUGAUCCGAAUCAUAUUACCUUCAUCGCGUCGCACGGAUACCUCAAGUGCCUGAUGCAGAGCAUCGUUGAGUCUGACAUGAAAUUAUGUAAAUUAUUGAAUCAAGAUUGUUUGCUAGCUCCUCUUUUUGUGUAUGAGACAGAAAUGUCGUUCAUGUGUAAAACUGCCAGUUCCCAACUCGGUGCCGAAAGUCUUCUAGAUGAGAAAUUUCUGAACGGCCUUUCCACCAUGGACGUGUACAAUAAUCAUCCUACAGUUGCUACCUUCGAUUUAAAUUCUUCUGGUUCCUUGGACUUCAUUCCUAACGUCAGUUCUAAAUAUUUGAAAUUGUUUAUGCCUGUUUUGAAACUGUGUAAUUCUAUUAUCAUGUCUGUUGGCUGUGAAAAUGAAGAUGCUGUCGUUCAGUUUAUAUUUAGUCUCAAUGAGACGGUUUCAUUGAUAUUACGCAGUGCGUCGCCAAAUAUAAUGCCUGAGUAUCUCAAAGAGCUUGCCAUGCUGACGUCG